AUGGAUGACCAUAAUUCCAUGGCCAGGCGCCACGAUGAGCACCUCGACAGAAUGCCUCUGACAACGAUAUCGAUCCUUGCACCAUUCAGUGCUAUGAUAAUGAGCAUCGUGUUCGUGAUAUACUUCGCGAUUCGAUUCUACAUCCUCGAGGGAUUCUUGCUGAGGAGGGUAUACGGAACAACAUACACGACAAUGGAUGAGACGACACGAAGAGGAUUCGUAAACCAUCAUAUCGCCGGCGGAACCAAGAUCCUUAUACUGAUUGCGGCCGUGUACCCCUUCAUUUCUGUCGUUUUUGGAACAUCAACCUUUCAUACCCGCUUCUCCGGAACGGCAACGCCUGUCACGAUGGGCGACGUCUUGAUCGUCGUGUCGCAGAUGCUUAUUGCAAUGUACAUUUUCGAGCUAUUCUAUCGCCCCAAAAUUUCUCCAGUCAGUGUGGGACACCAUGUGGGAACGAUCAUGAUCGGGCAAGCCGCAAUUGCUAUCAGCCUGGAUCUCAUCAGAGAGCCGGAUGCCGACAUUGAGUUCUCUCUGUGUCUAGUGUGGGGGGCAUUUGACAUCAUCGCCGAGUUCCUGCCACAUGUCACCAUCAUACUAUAUAGAGUUUACCCUGACUCGCACGCCUUCCUCCGGAAGCUCUUCCUCGCAGCAAUGGCCACGACUUUGACCGGAACCAUCGUCGAGACGAUUGUGACUAUGUACAUGUUCGGCUCGUUAUGGAAUAGGUGGACACUGGCCUUCAAGAUCACGACGCCCAUGCUCCACAUCCUUUUUGCAGCGGCGCAGCUCUGGGGCUCCUACAACUUCUACUGCUUAUUUCGGAAGCAAAGCAGGCUCCUGGCUGGAAUCAAUCAUCCAGAUGUUCGGGAGGCGGAGGAAGGCAAGGACACGAUGGGUCAUCACGAUGAUCCAAGCAAGCUGUUGUCUGCACAGACACAGGAGACGGAUAAGGUGAACUAG